GGCCUGUGUCAGUUCGCAGUUACCAAGAGAACAACGGCACGUCGGUGGCCGAAGACUCCUUUUUACUUUGACAUUAUUUCAAGUUGAAGCACUUCAUCGUCUUAUUUAUUUCGUUUCAAAGUUGAAAAAUCUCGACUUCGGGGACUCGCCACUCGCGUACAACUGCCGCGUUUCUCAAACUAUUUCAUUCGGUACUCACUUUUUAAUGAGUUCUUGUAGUAUUACAUGAAAGAGAAUCAUUCACCGAGAGUGAAAACGAAGAUAUUAAGAAAAAAAAAAACAAACAAACAAACAAACAAAAAACUUCGACAGUGAAUUUACCCUUGGAGCGAAAAAGCUAGACAGUAAAAGUGUUUUUUGUGGAGUCAAAAGGUGAGAAAGAGAGAGAGAGAGAGAGAGAGAGGAAACACAAAAGGUAUUGUCAAGUAAUGCCAGCUCGGGAACUAAGGCUCGAGUCGUGAAGAAAUCUUUUGCUAUAGUACGAACGCAUAUUACACCGAACUGGUAAUCGUCAACGAAUCAACGUCUCGAAUAAUUAAGCUACAAAGAUGUCGAUCAUAAUGCACUAUGUUGAUCGGCUCCACGAAAUUAUGGAUAAACAUGCAGACCCACGAACGAGUCACUGGUUCCUCAUAUCUUCGCCGUUCCCUACACUUUUCAUCUGCCUGGCCUACGUUUACGUCGUCAAAGUACUUGGACCAAAGUUAAUGGAGAAUCGAAAACCAUUUCAACUCAGAGAAGUUUUGAUAGCUUAUAAUCUCUUCCAAGUCAUGUUUUCAGCGUGGAUAUUUUGGGAGCUAGCAAUGAGCGGAUGGAUUACUGGAGACUACUCUCUAAAGUGUCAGCCGAUAGACAAGAGCAACGGACGUCAAGCUAUGCGGAUGGCUCACGCUUGUUGGUGGUACUACUUUUCCAAAUUCACGGAGUUCUUCGAUACGAUCUUCUUUGUCCUGAGAAAGAAGAAUAAUCACGUAUCGGCUCUUCACGUCAUUCAUCACGGCUGCAUGCCGAUGUCGGUGUGGUUCGGCGUUAAAUUUACUCCCGGUGGCCACUCGUCAUUCUUCGGUCUUUUGAACACUUUCGUCCACAUCAUCAUGUACUCGUACUAUCUUCUCGCCGCAAUGGGACCAUCGAUCCAGCCUUAUCUCUGGUGGAAGAAAUAUUUGACUGCCCUUCAAAUGGUGCAAUUCGUCCUCGUGAUGGCUCACGCGUUCCAGCUCCUGUUCAUCGAGUGCAACUAUCCGAAAGCUUUCGUAUGGUGGAUCGGACUUCACGCUAUAAUGUUCUUCACAUUGUUCAACGAAUUUUACAAGCAGAGCUACGCGAAGGAGGAGAAAUCAAAGAGAAACAAGAUUGAAACGAGAGUUGAAGCCGGAGCUAAAGCGUCCAACGGGAGUGUCGUCAAUGGCAAGAGCGCUGGUAUUACGAACGGGGAUGGCGUCAACUCGAGGCGAAGAGAUGCUGCCGAUUAUUACGUUAAGGGUGAAAGUCUCGCCGCGAGCGAGAUGCACCUACGAAAAUCAUAUACCGCGACUGAGUGACCGACCAUUCACGUUCAAAUGUUGAGGCUUAAUAAAAAAAACUCAGGAGAAUUGAAUUGCAUCAAUUUGAACCUUUCACGGUUGGUGGGCAGAUUUUCACGACUUAUUAUCAACUAUAAAUACAACAAUUUAUCAUUUAUUUUCAAAUUCAUUUAGCUCAAACGUGCAAUGUUUAAUUUUAUUACGAACUUUAUGUGCCAAUGUGAAAUUUUUUCUUUUUCGUUAUACUGUAUACUACCCAUCCCGACUACAAUUUACCCAAAUCGCUAAUCCCGGAAGAUCGCUGUAUCCCCCGGAGUUAUUUAUAUGUUCACUGAUCAUCAAAAGGUUGAGCGAGAAAAAAAAACAGAAAAAGGAGUCUGGAGGUCUGGAUAUGACCAUAGACAUCGCGAACGAUGCCGAAUGAUUGUCCUCAUUCAAGAUUAACGUUAAAUUUCCAAACAAAAUAUAGAUGGACAUAGACAAAUAUGGAAAACAAAAGCAAAUAAGAACAACAAAAAUACGAAAGUAAAAUGCAAUCAUUCCCAUUAGGAAAAACAAUUUAUAAGAGAAAUAUUGUAUGUAUAAAUCACAUUUGGAUAUACAUACCAAAAAAAGCGAAAUCUCGUCUAAAGUUUGAGACCAGAUACUAUGUGAAGAUAUUGAAGAACUUUAUGUUUUUAAUCGUGCGUGCAUAAAAGAAAAAAAAACACCGAAGCGUGGCUCGAAAAAGCAGCUAUAUAUGGCCAUAAGAUUUUUUCCUCAAUACUGACGAAUGAUAUUCAUCCUGUGAAAUCCCUUCAUUUUUUUACAUCAUUGUGUCAAAUGUUACGAUUACCUGAACUUUUAUGUCAUCAAUCGGGUCCUUUCCGCGUCUUGCUUCCAACAAUUUUUGUCUCGUAAAAAAUUGAGUGAGUAGAGAUGAAAGGAAAUUAAGCUCGUGAAAUAUGCUUCAAUUUAAUGUAAAUGCAUAAUAAUUUAUUGUAAAAAUAAGAAGAAAAAAAUGAAAAAGAAAAACGAAAAAAAAAAAAACGAAAAACAACGUAGGAUGCACGAGCACGAUUGAAAUCGAGCGUUGUACAUAAAGCGAAAUACGUGAUUUAGAAGUCGAUGACGAGCAUCGCCCUACCUGUCACUAAUUAUAAUAAUGCUCAAUAUGAGAAUCAAGCGAAAUUGAAAGUAAAUUUGUAUUUUUGGCAAGUAGGGAAGAAAAGAGUUGGGUGAGAAUGUUUCUGUGGUUCUUGGAUCUCGGAACGAAAACACGCUGUAAAUAGGUAAACUUGUUUUGUAAUAUCCUCAAUAGAAAAAAAAUGGAACGAUAAAAUAAAAAGAAAAAAAAAGCCAACACGGUGAAAGAUAAA